AUGCAACAGCAAGCGGCGUCGCGGCGCGCGCCGCUGCCGCGCUGGGCACGACUGGCGCUGGGCACAGCAGCCGUCGCCUCCAUCGUACUCGCGAUACAAUGGCGACGCAACACGUCAACGCCGGACUACCUCCAGGCCUGCCUCAACGGCGAAGCACCGAAACGAGCGGUCCUCUACGAGACGAGGCUCGAGGACAAGAAGAGGGGCGGCCGCACGCUCCAGACGCAUUGGCUGCGGAACUGCGGCCUGCAUUUACAGAAGAAACCGAUGCAGCUCGACGCAACGAUCGCGAACGGUAUUGGCUAUGUGCAAGUGGACACGUCCAAAAAGUACCAAACGAUAGAAGGGUUUGGAGGAGCUUUUACGGAGGCUUCCGCCAAGACCUGGAUGCGCUUACCGCUUCACGAAAGGAAGCGCGUCAUCGACCUGUAUUUCGGUGAGAAUGGUGCUGGUUAUACGGUAGGACGAGUACAUAUGAACUCGUGCGACUUUUGCGUAGAAUCGUACGAUUUCGCUCCCGUGGAUGACGACUAUGAGCUGAAGCAUUUCGAUGGUUCGGUGAAACACGACCAGGCGGAGAUGAUUCCCCUGAUGCGGGCGGCGAAGCAAGCUGUUAACAAGCGAGGCCAAGAUUUCAAAUUGUUCGCCUCACCGUGGUCGCCACCAGCUUGGCUCAAGGCACCUAAUUCUAUUCCUCCGAUGCGUCCGACGAUAACCUUUGAUCACAAUAGAAGCAUGCUCGGGUCGGCGCACCCGCUCGGGCUGCGGAAUUCUCCGGAAGCGUUUGCCGCGUGGGCGCUUUAUUAUUCGAAGUUCGCUGAUGCUUAUAAUAAACAAAACUUGACGUUGUGGGGCUUCACGGUGCAGAACGAGCCCGAGUUCUCGGCGCCGUGCGACGCGGCGUCCUUUGUAUUUCCGCGCGGCCGCCGAGAUGCGACCUCGCGUCGAUGGCGUCGAGUGCCACGCCAUCGCGACGGCGUCUCGUCACACUAACAGCCAGUUUCGCGAGUACGCCGUCGCGUCGAUGGCGUCGAGGGAGCACAAACGCACAGAGUAUAGAACACACACACGAGUACACGUCGCAAAAACACCACAGAAAAAAAACACACAGGUGGGAGGCCUGUCGCUGGAACGCUUCUUCCACAACAGAUUUCGUCAGAGAUUACUUAGGGCCGCGGCUGGAAAAGGACCACCCCUCGCUACUCCUAUUCGUCUUCGACCACAACCGGGACCACCUCGUGGCGUGGGGCGAUACUGUAUAUGGAGACAAAGACGCGUCCAAGUACGUGGACGGCCUGGCCUUCCACUGGUACGCUGGUGGACUCAAUAGAGACCUAGAUGGUGCUGUUGCGCAUUAUGCCGUCGAUAGCGCUUAUGAGAAGUUUCCAGACGCUAAGUUGUUACCGUCCGAGGGUUGCAAUUGCCCGGGCGUCAAGGACUCGGAUCUCUUACGUUCCGAAAGGUACGCGCACGACAUGCUUCGCGUUUUGAAGAGUGGAGCCUGCGGCUGGGUCGACUGGAAUUUACUGUUAGAUUAUACGGGCGGGCCGAACCAUCUAGGUAAUGACUGCGACGCGCCGAUCCAUGCUAAACGUAAUUUCGAUGGGGUCGUGGUCCAGUCGUACUUGGAUGUCAUCUCGCAUUUCUCGAAGCACAUCCUACCUGGUAGUAGACGAGUACAGACUGAUGUGAGAGGCGCCUUCGACCGAGGCGCCCAAGUCACAGAGGCUCGAGCGUCCGUCGGGUUUGAACUGACCAUGUGGCCCUGCGAGGGGCCACCCUCAUCUCCGACACCGCGCCAGAACUGGCGGUUGACCAAUGAGACCUUCCUCGAGAUGAUCGACCACACGCAAAAGGACAACAAGUGGAAGCAGUACUGUGUUGGGGAAUCGAACGACCCCAAUCUCAAGACUCUAUCGUUAGUAAGCUGCCAGUGGGGCCGCGAGCACGCCGGGGCGGCCACGGGCAAAUUUGCAUUCGACGGAGGGAAGCUGCGCGAGACGGACUCGGACACGUGUUUAACAUAUGCUUCCGAUCUAACAAUGGACGGCGCGCCUCUGGCAUUGGGAGCCUGCGACGAAGCGCCCUCCUUUACGAUGGCGCACGGUUCAAUAAUGACGGAUGGCAGAUGCGUGACGGCGGGCUGGCCGUUCUUCCAGGGCGCGGCGUUCGAGCGACCGGACGGCGCCGUGGCCGUGGUGGUCGUGAACGAGGCCGGUAGUGCAGCCCAGUUCGAGCUCGAGGUCGACGGCGAUUUGGUUUUAAGGUCGAUCGGGCCGCAUUCGAUCAACACGUUCGUUGUGCGCGAGGUCGACGGCGGCGGCGGCGGCGGCUGGGGCGGCGAGCACGGCGGCGGCGGCUAUUCG